AAAAUUACGAGGAAUGCGAAAUUGUGGGAAGUCUCUUCCUGUCUCUCCUUCCUUCUCUCUCGGUGCGACCGUCAGAGCCAAGCGACGUAAAUCGCCGGAUCAAGCGUCUUGUGUUCCACAUGGCCGAGAUUGACGACAAUGGCGGCAAGACUGAUCAACCCAACCGCGAGAAUCAUGAAGCAAACGAGACUGGACAAGGGGGUGAAAACCCUGCAGAAACCCUCGAGCCACCGAACCCCACUGAUGAUUCCCACCAUCCUAAUCCCAACGAGGAAUUCGUCCCACAAGACCCCCCAGCGCCUCCGGAGAUCAAGACCCAGAGGCCUUCCUACUCUGAAGAUGACGAAGAAGAGGAGGAAUCCGUAAAUGAUGACGAUGGAGAAGACAAGGAAGAGGAUAUCGCGACGAAUUCCCCUGCAAUAGAGAGCGAGGAGAAAAACCCACCUCAGAUUUCGCAGAAUAAUGACGAAGAAGCCAUGGUGGUGACUCAGGAGCCGGUGGAACAAGAGACCCCCAAGCCGGAGGAGGAAGAAGACGAGGAGGAGGAAGAGGGAGGAAACAAGGAAAAGAAAAACGCCCAGAAGAGGAAAUCCUUGUCCUCCUUCGGCACCAGCGGCACCGAAUCUUCGGCACCCAAGAAGACUAAGAAGAAAUACAACAAUGUGUGGACGAAAUCGGGGUCGAGGAGGUGGUGCAGGAGGCACAAGUCCAACGGGAACCCGUCGGAGGAGAUGGUGUCGAUCGCGCCGGUCCAGCGUUUUCCGGACGACGCCCGCAACAUGAAGAUCUGCCUCUCGAAGGUCGACAAGGCGGAAAAGGUCGAGCUGAGUGAGGAUAGAUUGAGUGCAGGGAGUUGCAAGGGUUACAGGAUGGUGAGGGCAACGAGGGGAGUGGUGGAGGGAGCUUGGUACUUCGAAAUCAAAGUGGUUAAUCUGGGGCCUACUGGGCACACAAGGCUCGGGUGGGCAACCGAGAAGGGAGACCUGCAGGCCCCCGUUGGCUAUGAUGGUAAUAGCUAUGGAUACAGAGACAUUGAUGGCACCAAGAUUCACAAGGCUGUGAGGGAGAAGUAUGGCGAUGAGGGUUAUGUGGAGGGUGAUGUUAUUGGUUGCUACAUCAAUCUGCCUGAAGGCUCACUCUACGCGCCGAAGCCGCCACUGUUCUUUUGGAAUAAAUGCCAGACGUACGUCCGUGCCUCGGAUAAGAGUGAGGAUCCGCCACAGGUUAUACCUGGUAGCCAGAUAUCUUUCUUCCGCAAUGGAGUAUGUCAAGGUGUUGCAUUCACUGAUUUGAAUGGUGGAAGGUAUUACCCUGCAGCAUCAAUGUACACUCUUCCAAACCAACCAAACUGUGUAGUACGCUUCAAUUUUGGUCCAGAUUUUGAUUGUUUCCCUCAAGACUUCGGUGGGUGUCCAGUGCCAUCGCCCAUGAUUGAUGCUCCAUACCAUGGGUUUGAUGGUGAAGCAACGGAAAAUGGAGAAAACGCUGCUGAAAAUGGUCAGUCUGAGAACAAAACCUGAAACGUAACCAAGGUGCCCUAGAUGCAAAAGCUUAAUUGACAAUCAAAGUACAUGCUUUGAAGCAUUUUUUGUUAGUGAACGGCCUAAUUUAUGCGGGAACUUGUGUUGCUUUGUGAAUGGGUCACAGGCACAUCCACCUUUAUUCAAGGCAACCUUUUGUGAACUGAGUAUGUGACAGAGAUGAUUGGUCCGAACAGAACUGGAAAAUAAGAUCAAAGAUGGAUGAUGCAGCAGCAGGACGAUAUGCCAGGCUUGUAUCUUGGCUGGACAUUGAGUACUAGGACCGAAGCUUUGGUGUGGUAGCUGAAGAAAGAUUCCCUUUCUUCUGUGGGCUUUAUGUAUACUUAGAUGUGCUAAGAUGGUCAAGUAAGGCAUAGCUUUGAAUCUGCCAAAAAGUCCCUAUGUUGAUCAAUCUGCUUUGAAUUGGAGCCCGCAAGUCAUGGCAAGCUUACUUUUGAACGAUCAUGGAAAACUUGUUACUUAAUGUAGAUCAGUGUUUGUUCUA